AUGAACAACAGGCCAGAUGGCUUUGGGAACCUCCACCGAGCAAUGGAGGAGUCUCCACCACCUCCCGUAUCUCGUUCGGCAGGAGUUACAGCCACCAACGGCGCCUCAAGCCGCACUUCCAGCGUGUUCCAUCUUGUGUCGUGGCUCAAAGGGAUACCAGAACUAAGAUCCACCCUCCAGCGGCCUUUCAAUGAGUGCCGCGAUGCCGUCACCUCCAAAAUGAACGAACUUGGUGUAUCUUGGAGGGAUGAAGGGCAGGGAUACAUGAUUUGUGAGCAUGGGCAACGAGGAACCCCGGAUUAUGUAGAGUUCAGCAUCAAAUGGGUUACCAAUGGUGCAAGCUCUCCUGCUCUUCCCGGCGCAGACAUGUGGUACACAAAGGUCUAUAUCAACAAAGUGUCAGGAAGCGGGCAGGCAUUUCGCGACAUUGGGAAGCAGGUUCUGAAUGCAGCGAAAUACACGAUUCAGGGCGGAGUGCGCUAUGAUUAUACAAUCGUAACUUGGGGUUUGAUUUAG